AUGGUCCACAUCAUCCUCACCGGCGCAACCGGCUUCCUAGGAACCGCCGUCCUGCAACACAUCCUCUCCCUUCCAGCAUCCAACCCGAUCAGCAAACUCUCAAUUCUCUCGCGUUCCCCAGUCCCUCUCGCCACCAACACCUCGCCUCCAAACUUCAAACGCACCAACACGACGACCAAUAUCAAUGUCAUCACCCACGCCGACUACACGACCUACCCACCAGAGAUCCUCUCCCAGCUCUCCGAUGCCAGCGCCGUCAUCUGGGCACAGGGUAUCUCCACCACAGCCGUCUCCUCCGCCGCAGAGUACCGGCGAAUCACGUACGAUUUCCCACUAGCCGCCGCAAAGGCCCUCGCAUCUGCCCGAAGCGCGGACGCAAAGUCGCCACUACGAUUCAUCUACGUCAGCGGCGAAGGCGUAACGCACACCCCCGGCAUGUUCACGCAAAUGUUCGCCAAAGUCAAGGGCGAGGCGGAGAAGGCUUUGCUUGCACUCCCUCAGCAACAGGCGUAUUCGGGGAGAUUGGACGUCCUCUGUCCGCGUCCCGGAGGGAUCUUGAGUAAUGAUCCGAAGGAGAUUCAGAAGAUGUUGCAGACCAAGACGACGAGUAUGAAGUACUUUAUGAAGACGGUGCUGCCGGUGUAUCGGGCGUUGAAGCCGGGGAUGUUGAUUGAUAGGGAGGAUUUGGGGAGGGUUCUGGUGGAGAUGGCGUUGCGGGAGGUGGAUGGGAGGGAUGUGGUGCGGUAUGCGGGGAUGAAGGAGACGAGUUGUGAGGGGAGGGUGUUGCAGAAUGUUGCGUUGAGGGAACUGGGCGGGUUGGAGAAGGUUUGA